GCGACCCCGGGGCGCCCCCACUGUGCCGUAGCCGGGGCGGGGCGUGCGCGUCAACCGGGGCUAGAAAAGGCGGCCGGGUCGGGACUUUGAGAGGUGACAGCAGCACUUGGACGCGAAGUCUGGCCCGACGCCGCCAUGAGCGCCGCGCUCUUCAGCCUGGACGGCCCGGCGCGCGGCGCGCCCUGGCCUGCGGAAUCCGCGCCCUUCUAUGAGCCAGGCCGGGCCGGCAAGCCAGGACGUGGGGCCGAGCCAGGGAGCCUGGGGGAGCCGGGCGCCCCGGCCCCAGCCAUGUACGACGACGAGAGCGCCAUCGACUUCAGUGCCUACAUCGACUCCAUGGCCGCCGUGCCCACCUUGGAGCUGUGCCACGACGAGCUCUUCGCGGACCUCUUCAACAGCAACCAUAAGGCGGGAGGUGCUGGCGGCGCGGGCGGCCUGGAGCUGCUGCCCGGCGGCCCCGCGCGGCCUCCCGGCCCAGGCCCCACUGUCCCGCGCCCACUCAAGCGGGAACCUGACUGGGGCGACAGCGACGCGCCGGGUUCGUUGCUGCCUGCGCAGGUGGCCGCGUGCGCGCAGACGGUAGUAAGCCUGGCGACUGCCACGCAACCCACACCGCCCACGUCUCCGGAGCCACUGCGAGGCAGCCCGGGUCCGAGCCCUGCUCCGGGCCCUGCCCGUGAGAAAGGCUCCGGCAAGAGGGGCCCUGACCGCGGCAGCCCAGAGUACCGGCAGCGACGUGAGCGCAACAACAUCGCGGUGCGCAAGAGCCGAGACAAGGCCAAGCGGCGCAACCAGGAGAUGCAGCAGAAGCUGGUGGAGUUGUCGGCGGAGAACGAGAAACUGCACCAGCGCGUGGAGCAGCUCACUCGGGACCUGGCUGGCCUCCGGCAGUUCUUCAAACAGCUGCCCAGCCCGCCCUUCCUGCCGCCCGCCGGGGCCGCCGACUGCCGGUAACGCGCGGCCCGGGCCGGGAGAGACUCACCAACGAUCGAUACCUCAGACCCGACGGGCCCGGGAGCCGCAAGAGUCGCCCGGCGCCUGCUGCAGUUUCUUUGGGACAUGUGAGUGAAAGGAAGCUACAGCCUGGACUUACAUUAUUCACUGAACUGCGAGAGAAGCUAUACGUGUUUAUUUUCCCUUAAAUUAUUUUUAUAAUGGUAGCUUUUUCUACAUCUUACUCCUAUUGAAGCAGCUAAGGUACAUUUGUAUAAAAAAAACUUUUCAAACAAAACCUUUGUAUUGUAGAUAAGAGGAAGACUGAGCAUGAUCACUUUUUAUAUAUUAAUUUUUACAGCAUUUGUAAGAAUAAAGAAGCAUUUAAAAUCGC